CAUUAUGCAUGUUGUAUGCAUAUACUAUGUACUCCAUGGAUCGGACCGUACAUUAUUUUUUUUCUUUUUACCUCACUAAUUCCCCCAUAAUAAUUCAAUACCAAUGUACGUAAUUCAAGUUUUUCCCAAACAGAAAACUCAUCACUAUUUCCAAAGUACCUUUCUAGUAACUAAAAGUAAAGAACAAACUAUUCUUAAAGCAAAUCGGACCGUAAAUGUCCAAGUAUACACACCUAAAAAUGAACGUUCAGGAUCUAACUUUACAUAAUACCAGAUUUUGAUAUCAGCGAAAUAGUGUGUGUAUUUGUGAGUGUGAACAGAAGGUGGAUGAUGAAUUGCAUGAUGGUAUAUAGAUUCCGAUAUACUAAGUAAGACAAUGAGAAAACAUUUGAUUCACUCUUCUGGCAUUCAAAUUGCCCUAUUAUUUUAAUAUCUAAUAAAAGACUACAAUCUUUUUCCAUUUCCACUUUUUUGAAAAAGCCGCUAAUCAUUCCCAUCCCCAUGUCUCUCCUUCUCCAGCUAUUAUAGUCUCCCAUAUAUCUUUACCCUCGCACUCUCUCCCCUCUUCCAUCUGUCUAUCUUCUAUAUAAAUAAAGAGAUUAAUAUUCAGAGAUAAGACUCAGCAGGAGUGGCUAAUUAUACUUGAGACCAAAAUGGGUAGAGCUCCUUGCUGUGACAAAGCCAAUGUCAAGAGAGGACCAUGGUCACUUGAAGAAGAUUCCAAACUCAAAGCCUAUAUUGAGCAACAUGGCACUGGUGGUAACUGGAUUACCCUUCCCCAGAAAGUUGGUCUUAAGAGAUGUGGGAAGAGUUGUCGGCUUAGAUGGCUGAAUUAUCUCCGGCCAAACAUCAAACACGGAGAGUUCACCGAGGAGGAAGACAACAUAAUCUGCAGUCUCUAUAUGAGUAUCGGCAGUAGGUGGUCCAUUAUUGCUGCACAAUUACCCGGAAGAACGGAUAAUGAUAUCAAGAAUUACUGGAAUACAAGGCUGAAGAAAAAGUUACUACUAGGCAAUAAGCAGCGAAAGGAUCAUCGACCACGGACCGGAUACAAUCACAAUAAGCUAGAAACGAUGAAGGAACACGAAAAUUUCUUUGCUAGUCAGCAAGCUAUCGAUGCAUAUUCUUGGCCUCUAGUACAACCACUACUCUUCUCUGCACUAAUUGCUCCACAAAAUGACCUGGCAGAAAGCAGUUCAAACAGCAACAACUUUCAAUACUCAAAUGAUCAGGUUUAUUUUGCCCAAGAUCAAUUGUGUCAAAUUAGCUCGACCAAUCAGCUUGCAUCGAUGAAUCCCUUAAAUGGAAAUACUUGUAAUAUUUCUUCAGUGACAAGCAGCGGCUAUUACCCUAGCAACGGAGUUAUCAACAGCAAUCUUCAAGAGUAUAAUAAUUACAUUUCCGUUGGGCUGGAUGACGUGGCUAACAGUACUAGUACUCAUUCUCAGCCAAUAGAUAAAAGUGUAUUUGAAAUGGUCAAUAGCAGCACUAUUAGCACCACUACAUCACAAGAUCAAAGUACAGGCUGGGAAGAAUUGAGCCCUCUCGUUAAUUACCCCCCAUCCUUAUUCGAAACCGUAUCACCCUAUUAUGUAUUUGAAGAGCCAAGGUACCUGGGCAUGUUGAAACAGUAAAACAUUUUAGCCAUAUAUAUAUGUACGUUACUUUUCCUAGUUUCUGUAUGUUUUGCUCCACUAGCAAUUUCAUCUUGAUUACUACAGUACUAUAAAACUCUUUGUAUUUACUCGAUAUAUGCGAGCAUAUUUUUAGCUAUACGGGCUAUGUAUUCUUAGAUUGCUUUUGUACCAGCUCAUAUGGUUGGUGUGAGUAUGGAAUCCUAGAGAUAGAGACCUGCACUGCUAGUUUACAUCAUUGUACGCACAAUAUAUAUUUGAUACAUUAAUAAACUGAUCAUAGUUCAAUUUAA